AUGAACACAUCAUCUGCCAAUGUGACUGUGGUUGUACAGUCUCGAGACUCCCUCACUAAAGCUGUGACCAAGAAUGUGAUUGUUGUGCUUCUCGGGAUCUUCAUCAACUACAUCAAUGGAGGCCUCAUUCAAACCUUCUGCAAACACCAGAUAUUCUACAUAAAUCCACGCUACAUCCUUUUCAUCCACCUGGUGGUUAACGACACGAUCCAAGUGACGGUGACCAUCAUCCUGUUUGUCAUCAGCUACGUUCUCCACAAAAUAAAUGUCUCAAUCUGCUGCAUCUUCAUCCUGUUUGCACUCUUAACCACUGAAAACAGCCCUCUGAACCUGGCCUGCAUGGCGGUGGAGUGCUUCAUUGCCAUCUGUCUCCCCCUUCGCCACCCGCAUAUCUGUACGGUCAAGAGAACACUGAUGUUGAUCGGUUUAAUCUGGACAACAACUUUGUGGUCUGCUCUUCCUGAUCUCUUCUUCACUUUGGCCACGGAACCACAGGACUUCUUUCAUUCCAGAGUCUUCUGUGUUCCACAAACUGUCUUCCCAAACCCCCUCAUCAUCAAGAAGAGAGAUAUCUUGUACUCAAUUUUUCUAGUUGUAGUUUGGGUCACUAUCUUUUACACUUACUUCAGAAUUCUGUUCACUGCACAAACAGCUAGCAAAGAUGCUACAAAGGCCAGAAACACAAUCAUCCUCCAUGGGUUUCAGCUGCUGCUUUGUAUGGUAACAUAUGUAGAACCCCCGUUCAAACAGGCUCUGCUGCAAGCGUUCCCUAAGAAUUAUUCAGACUCCCUGUUCGCUUGUUAUAUUAUUGUACAGGUCCUGCCGCGAUCUAUUAGUCCCAUCAUCUAUGGCAUACGAGACAAGACUUUCAGGAGAUAUCUGAAAAGGUAUGUAUUGUGGAAAAUCACCCCACAGAAAGAAUCAGCUCCUGGAGUAUAA